AUGAUGGCCCUAACAAACGACUCUGGGGCGUUACCUAAUGAGCCGACAUUCGUGCAACUCCUCCAGGUCUCCCGUCGUGUGAAUCAUAUCAUCAUACAUGAUCCGCGGGCAGAAGUCGAAGCUGACUAUGGCCAAUUCCUUACCGACGUGCUCCGAACACGCGAGGAUUUACGUCAGUCACUUCCGGAAACGCUCCUGGAUGGGAACGGAAUGCUCAGGGACGAAAAUCCAUUCAUCUUCUUGCUAUCCGAAGGAAACUACAGCUUCAUAGUUGGGGCAUUCUCGAUUCUGUCGAUCGGAGGCGCAUUCGUGCCGUUAUCAUGGACAAUUCAAGAACAUGUUACUUCUCGCGGUCUCCAAGCCAAGGUAACCGAGAUUCGCGUGAAGAGUUUGCCUAGGAUCGACCUCUCUGCCUCUUCUCUCCGUGUUGAGAAGGGUAUAGUAAUUCCCUCUCACCGGCCCAGCAUGUUGUUGUUUACCUCUGGCACGAGUGGGCCACCAAAAGGCGUGGCGCACAACCGAGGACUCUUCUAUGAUAUCCACACCACCAGCUCGCCCAGUAAGGUCUUUUUAAGUCACCGACAUCACUUGUGGAUUGGGGGGGUGAUGCCUCUGAUUAGGCAUCCCUUGGCAGGGGCACGAUUGGAAGUCAUUCAACCCGACCCCUGCGUGUUGUGGGAACGUCUUCGCAAGGGCGGGGUGACCAUUUUAGCAGGAACCCCGCGCCUUUGGAACCAGUACCAUCUCCAGAACCUCCCGUCUGCCGAGCGCCAUCCGUACGUCUCAGGGGUCCGAAGUCUACGCAGCGCUCAGGUCGGAGGCGGUAUGCCCCAUCCAUCACUUCUGCGAUUCUGGCGCGAAGACAUAGGCCGAUCACUGAGGGUGUCAUACGGAGCUACCGAACUUGGUGGGAGAGGCCUAAAGACUGCUCCCGGGGCGGACGUCAUUAUCGAGGUUAGUUCCAAAAAGCUCUUUCCAGUCACCUCUUCCAUCUCACGUUUCUGGGCGGACAAUGCAGCGUUGUAUUGGGAGACCACAGCCAGGAGUCACCGUUCGGCUCUCACAAGGAGACCAUGGAGAGAUUCAGGUUAA